AUGUGCAAACUCACACUUUUUGACAGCGCGAUCACUCCUUUUCGGAAUUCACAUGUACAGGAGGACAGCCAACACACGCCGCAGUUCUCCGGGCAUUUGGAUGUUGUGGGCUGCGGACGGGUUUGUGAUGCGAACCUGCUUUCUGACAGCAGAGACUGCUACGGGCAGCCAUCACAUGACGCGCUGGCUUCUGCCAGCUGGCGCGUGCCUAAAUUAGCGGCCGCCUCCGCCGAGCGGCUGCUGCCAGUGCUGGAGGGCAACACGGCUUUGGAGGGUGCAGCUGCGUAUGGGCACCAGGCCUGUGUGGAGGUGCUCCUCCAGGCCAACACGGCUGUUGACUUGGUGGAUGCAGACGGCGACACCGCCCUGCACUGUGCCGCUGGUAUGGGCCAUGAGGGGAUCGUCGAGAUGCUUCUCCGAAAGCGUGCUUCCACAGACAUUCACAACAAAGAAGGCAAGAAACCAUCGGACAUGGCCCGUGAGAAUGGUCAUGAACGAACGGUGAGCCUGCUCACUGCCGUUUCUUGGGAGGCUGAGAAGGCAUUGCUUGAACAAGCCCUGGACGAAGAAAGACAAGAGGUGCAGAAGUUGCAGGCCGAAAAGCAAUCGCUGGAGCACGCCUUGGAUGAAGCACAGAAGCAGGCGCGAGACAAAGCAGCGCUAGCCUCCAAAUCCGAGGUGCAGAAGUUGCAGGCUGAAAAGCAAUCGCUGGAGCACGCCUUGGAUGAAGCACAGAAGCAGGUGCCGCUGUUGCCUACCAUGACCGACCAGUCGCAACAACGUCACGCCUCCGAUCUCGCAGAGCAAUGGGCGGAGGUCGAGCACGCAAGAUUUGACUUGGAACAGCGAGAGAGGGACUUGGCAUUUCGGGAUUUUGCGCUGCGACGUUCAGAGGUCAGACAUCGUGAAUCUGAACGCAGGCAAAGUGCGAUGAGGCGUCGCUUGGAAGACUUCCGCGUGGAGCUAGAGGAAGCCAUGGCAGACGUGGCCGCACACGAAGAGUUCCUGCGGAAGCAGCGCCGCCGCACGGCCGAAGCGCAUGCAACCUGGAUCAAGAUUUGAUGCCUGUCACAAGAGCAGAAGGGAUGCCUAAUGCCUAGGAUAUGCCAAUGUUCAUAGGCCUUAGUUGGAAGGGAAGGAAGAGCGGCAAAGGCACAUCAUUGGCAGUUCAGAUAACAUUCAAUGCAUGUUCCAAUUGAGGAAAGCAGAAGUGCUUUUCGUCCCCAGGGUUGUGGGCGUCCAGGCUCAUGCGAGGCAAAUGCUGGAUGCCGCUCGCAGGAUGAGUGGCCUAUCGCACUCGGUGCGAUCACGAUCAGCGAGGUCAGCGCAUCGAUGAGAGUCUUACAUGUAUCAGAUCCUCGGCUUUGGGCAGUAACGCACUUUCUUCCGAGAAAAAGAC